AUGGCGGCGGACGGUGACGAAGUGAUUAGUGAUCAGGAAAAAGUGAAAAUUGUUUCAGAUUUCAUACUACAUUCACCACCGGGCGAAUUUAACGAAGUAUUCAAUGACGUGAGAGUACUUCUAAACAAUGAUAGUCUACUGAAGGAAGGCGCCAGUGGAGCAUUCGCGCAGUACAAUAAAGAUCAGCUCACGCCCGUGCGCCUUGAAGGUUCUGAACUUCACACGCUUAUAACUGACCAUAAUGAACUCGGUGGUGGCAGAUUUUUUGAUCCACGCUCCAAAAGAUCGUUUAAGUAUGAUCAUUUACGCAAAGAAGCAUCGGAGUACGAACCGUAUGAACCGGACCGAGUGGCUGAGCCUUGGCGAGCGGCAUUGGAUGAAGAGUUGACAGCUUACGUGGCUGCUCAUUACAAACACGGUGCCAGUCUAGUCGUAGGCCGAGCUCUUGACUCUAAUACCGUAUCUCUUGUGGCGUGUAUCGAAGACCAUCAGUUCCAGCCGAAAAACUAUUGGAACGGCCGGUGGCGCUCCGUUUGGUCGCUGACUGUAGGUGCUGGUGCAGCGGAACUACGUGGUAUGCUGCGCGUUCAAGUACAUUAUUAUGAAGACGGUAAUGUACAGUUGGUGAGCUCCAAAGAAGUUCGCGCGCCUUUAGUAGCAACAGGGGAAACUGCAACAGCAAAAGAAUUUGUUCGAUUAGUGUGUGAUGCGGAAAAUGCGUAUCAAACAGCCAUUUCAGAUAAUUACAAGACAAUGAGCGAUACCACAUUCAAAGCACUAAGAAGGCAAUUGCCAGUAACACGUAGUAAGAUCGAUUGGGCCCGUCUCGUAUCCUACACAAUCGGUAAGGAGUUGAAGAGCCAAUGA